GUUUGAUUUUCUGACAGUCGGAUAUAUUUUUCGUCGUGUCCAAAACGAAAAUAUCCUUCGUUUUAUUCUGGUGCUUGUUUCACAAUUUAAUUUUCAAUUAAAAUUCAUAAAUUUUCUAACUUGAUUUGUUGGGUUUUUUUCUUAGCAACGUGAGAGAUAUUUCCAAAGUCGAAAAUCUUCACACAAAAACUCACACCAACCAAACAAUCUCCUCUUUAAUGAAGGAAUGCAUAUAUCUGCUACCGGACUCAGCCGAAAUGCCCUGCUGGUAUUAUGAUAAGAAGGAUCUCAAAGUCACACCAUCCAUUCAGGAUGGCAUUUCAUUCGAGACAGAACGACGCUAUCGCAAAGAGGGCGCUCGUUUCAUUAUGAAUUGUGGCACUCAAAUGGGCUUGGGCCAUAAUACCAUGGCCACUGGAGUUGUCUAUUUCCAUCGUUUCUAUAUGUUUCAUACGUUUAAGAAUUUUCCACGUUAUGUUACAGCGUGUUGUUGUUUGCUAUUAGCUGGCAAAGUCGAAGAAACACCAAAGAAAUGUCGAGAUAUUAUUCGAACUGCAAGAAGUCUCCUCACUGAUGCUCAAUUCUUUUCAUUUGGCGAUGAUCCCAAAGAAGAGGUAAUGACUUUGGAGCGUAUUCUAUUGCAAACGAUCAAAUUUGAUCUACAGGUAGAGCAUCCUUAUAGUUUUCUAUUAAAAUACGCUAAAUGCAUCAAAGGCGAUCAAGCCAAGUUGCAAAAAAUGGUUCAAAUGGCAUGGAACUUUGUCAAUGACUCGCUUAGUACAGUUGUAUGCUUGCAAUGGGAGCCAGAGAUCAUUGCUGUGGCUCUCAUUCAUUUGGCUAGUAAACUGAGCAAGUUUACAGUGGUCGACUGGGUGGGAAGGCAACCGAGCCAUUUGAGAUGGUGGGACAUGUUUGUCUCUGACGUCACAAUGGAGAUUUUAGAGGAUAUUUGUCACCAAGUGCUGGAUUUGUAUCAGCCUAGUCAUGCCAAUAACGACACGAAUAGUCCUCCUCAGAAACCGCCAAGUCGUGCGGAGUCACCAACAAAUAUACCACAGACGCAAUCAGUUGCUCGUGAUCGUGAUGCAUCGCCUGCAGGUUUGGUGAAUUCGAAAAACUCAUUGCCACCACAACAACAAUCAUUUAAUAAACCAUUGUUGGAAGAGAAGAUGGAAGGUAUUCCUAUAGCGACGACGUCAUCGAUAAAACCAUUACAACCGCCACCAGAGCCUAUGCCGUAUAUGUACACAGACAAUUACAUGCAAAUGUACACUCACAACUCGCAUUAUCCCCCUCAAAUACCUGGAUCGCAAAUGGUCCCUCCAACAUCUGCACCGCCACCAUUGCCCCCACCGCCAAUGUAUGGCGCACAAUUCCCAAUGUCGGCGCAGCCCAUUCCAUCGCAUUAUGGAGGAGCUGCUCCGCCACCUUUACCGUCGCAUCGAUCGGGACCGCCGCCACAGCAUAUUGGGCCGCCAAUGCAUCAACAUCAAGUACCGCCAAGUGGUGGUUAUUAUCAGCCUCCAUACCAUCGACAACGGUAUCAGCCACCGACGUAAUAUAGUCAUCAUUCGAAUAAGCAGUGACUUUGACUAGGAAUAUAGAUAAAUGUAUAAAAAAAAAUAUUGAACAAUUAUAAUUAUAAAUGUUGAAAUAAAAAUACAAAAUGCUAUAUUAUCAUCCACCAAAAAUAUUAAUAUUGUUUUU